AUGUCGUCUCUGCCCAGGAAAGAGAACGCCCGCUCCAGACGCGCCGCUCGUGCUUGCACCCGCUGCCACUCCCGCAAAGUCCGCUGCGACGGCUCCAUCACCGGCUUUCCCUGUACAAAUUGUCGUCUAGACGCUCGACCGUGUAUACUGCACUCAGGGAAGCGGGAUAAGGAGAGGCAGCUGUUCAAGGCCGUUGCGAAGGAGCGCAGCAAUGGCUACCCUACACCAGCCCCAGACCGGGUCAGUUUGACCUUUUUCAAGUCACAGAUGACGCUCAAAGUUCCUAUCCAGGAGAUUUUGGAUGUGUUCGUGAAGCACUACUUUAUAUAUGUGCAUCCGUUCCUACCGGUAGUUGAUGAGGCCGUAUUCUGGGCAAAGUAUCGGGGAUUGGAUUCGAGUGCGGGCAAGAUCUCGACAUUGCUCUUUCAGACAAUGCUCUUCGCUGCUAGUCCGUUCAUUCCGAUUGAAGCCGCCAAAGAAUGCGGGUACGAUUCCCUGAUAUCUGCGCGGGACGAUCUCUACCGACGAGCCAAGCGCCUCUAUGAGAGCGGUAUCGAGAAAGACCGUCUGGUAAUCGCCCAAGCCUGCCUCCUCCUGACCUGGUACACCACCGAUGCCGAGCGCUCCACCAAUUCCCGCUGGUUACGCAUCGCAAUCCGAUACGCGAAGAAAGAGCAAGCACAUCUAUACCAUAAGAUGCCACAAUUAGGUUCAAAGAGGAAAGUAUCGGACCUCAAGCGCCUCUGGUGGUGCUGCAUGAUCCGAGACCGGAUCAUCUCGCUCGGCAUGCGUCGUCCGAUCCAGAUCACCCCGGAUGAAUUCGAUCUGCAGCUGCAGGAGGGGCUGUCUCUUCGAGACCUAGAAGAGGAGUGCCUGAACUCGGAAGUCUAUACUUCUGAAAUAAAGAUCGCCCUCUGCGGCGUCCUUGCCAGCCUAUGCCAUCUUGUGGCGGCAGUCACAGAUGUGAUCAUGCUUGUCUACCCGACAACGCAGAACAUGCCGUUCAGCCUGGCGGAUCGGCGGGCACAACUGAACAGACUUGAAGAGACAAAGUUUGCGUUGCUAGAUUGGGAGCUCAACUGGGUAGCGAAUCCAGAUGGGAAGGAGUACUAUAUCCACCCAUCGCUAACACUUCAUACGAAUCUCUGUGCUAUAUACUUCCAAUCCGCCCGCAUUGCCCUCUGCAACCGUAUCUGCCUCCUAAUCGGCCAUAAUGCCUACCUAACAGACGAAACCGACCUAUCCCGUAUCGAAUCCUGUCGAGCCGACCUUGCUUCGGCCAUUUGUUCAACAGCCCACAACGUAAAACAGCUAAUUUUGAAUGGGGUCGCCGAUAAAUUGCCUAUAAGCGCGUAUGCAUUACCAUCUUCAAGCCACUGUUCACUUGGUAUCCUACUCAGCAUCCAAACGCAGCUCUCCCCAACCCCUGAAGACAAAGAGCUCCACGAACUUAUGCUUGUCUUCUUUACAGAGGUCUUCCGCUUCUUCCGCAGCCAAUACUACACACGACUUAUUCUGGCAGUUUCAUGGAAGGCUUUGGAAUUGUGUCAGCCGCGGACGCAGACCCAGACCCAGACACUUUUGCAACAUCAGCCUUCAUCCGAUACCAGCGAUAUCAGUAUCGGUACUACUGUGGUAUCUAGUGAAAAUGGUACUAGCGGCAACAGUGACAGCAACGAACUAAUUUUGCAUGGCCAGCGACAGCUUAUACCAGAAAAUGCUCUAUUCUACUACCCGGACCUCUUCCAGCUCAAACUCACAGAUUAUAUCCGCCUGCUCCAGUACGUGGAUGAAUUUAUGUCGUUGAGGAGUAUGCCCGGGGAGAAUGCUAUAUAUCAAGCCCCGUCGCCUGCUCUAGCUCCAGCUCCAGCUAUCGAGACUCAUGUUCAAUUGCAACGACAACAAGCGCAUGCGCACGCAAGGACAUACUCGCAUAGUUCAAUAUGCUCCAUAUCGUCUACUCGGCCUGCUGUUACCUCUACCACGGGCGCCACUGCUGUCAAUUCACCGGGAUGCUCAAGCACGAUUUACUCUGUUGACGGCGUGGCUGUAGAUCCGACGAGCCCUAAGUGGACAGAAGACUAUUUCUGGGUUUAUUUUGGGGAGAAAGAGUUGGAAGGAGAGCCUCUGCAGACUGCCUUUACUCCGAAUGCUGGUAGUCCAAGCAAUAGUAGUAGUGUUGUCAGUGAAAUUGGCGGCGACAGUGUGAGUGGGAACAAAAAUGAGAAUGGAAAAAGUCCCCAGUCCCACGCCUCUGUUCCACCUAGAGACUCCGGAACCCCUGGCACACCGAAACAAGAGUGGAUGGAGACUCAGGGUACUUGUCGGGAAUUAGCAGUGGUGCCCGCACCAGCAGAUCCAGCCUCAACCGCAGUACAGAACAUGCUUGAUUGUUUGCCCUUGUUAGGUGAAUAG